AUGAGCGCUAAACCCGUUUCCACCAGAUUGGGCGCAUCACGAGACGUCACAGUACAGACCAUAUUUCUAUACAUCCCCAAUUUGAUCGGGUACUUGCGGAUCGUCACAGCAUUAAUUUCGUUCCUUCUCAUGCCCAGACACCCUGUAGCUACAUUGAUCUUUUACGGUAUAUCAGGUUUUUUGGAUGCGUUUGAUGGGUAUGCCGCAAGAAAAUUCAACCAAGGGACCAGAUUUGGAGCUGUUUUGGACAUGGUUACCGACCGUUGUGCCACCACCAGUUUGAUUAUUUAUUUGGCCGUAUUGUACCCAAGAUAUUUUUUCAUUUGGCAGUUGUUGGUCAGCUUGGACUUGGCUUCCCAUUACAUCCACAUGUAUGGAAUGUUGUCUGCUGGAUCCACAUCUCACAAGAAUGUUGAUGAAUCUCAAUCAAGAUUACUUUCAUUGUACUACACGAAUAGAAAAGUCUUGUUUGUCGUGUGUGCUGUGAAUGAGUUUUUCUACGUGGCUAUCUACUUGCAUUAUUAUGGCUUUUUCUGGCUUGGUACAGUCACUGCUGUCUUGAGUGCACCCAUUUGGUUUUUCAAGCAAGUCGCCAAUGUAAUACAAUUGAAGAGUGCGCUGCUCAUUCUUGCAAGGUUGGACGCUGAAGAGCACAGCAAGAGGAAGUGA